AUUUUGGACAGUACGGACGUCACGUCGCGGAUCGUUUUCUAACGGGUUAUCAAGCUCUGUGAUUGUGUGCGCGCGUGUGUGCUUACCCACAAAGCUCUGCUACAAUAUUGAAUGCAACUAAAGCUGAAAUAAAGAAAUAAUUAAAUACUAAGUGUGAAUGACAAACAGGUGAAGCAAAAACAAAGUCUGUCUAUCGUGUGGCUUACUUCAAGUAAAAAGAAAAUUCGCCGAUACUACACAGGCAAACAUAUCAAAGAAGGGAUUAUUUUGGACUGAAAAAUUCGCUUUAAAGGCGCUUGGGAGUAAAACCCGUCACAGCAUCGACCAUAACCAAUUGGAGUCAACCAAACGGAACCUACUUUGAGGCAAAAAUGCGUUACGGUUCCGCCAAUUUAUAUCGAUGACUCAGCAAAUCAGUGUCAAUCAAAGUGUGGGAAAACGACCCGAAUUUCCACAAAUAUGCGCCAGCAAAUAGAAUCGUUGGCCGCUAUAAUGAGCCAUAUCAGCGAACAAAUAUUAUCCACGUCGCCAGCCACUGGAAUGGGAAAUGGCCAAAACAAUGAGCAGCAGCAACAUCAUUAUCAUCAUCAGCAGCAACAGCAGCAGCAGCAGCAGCACUUGAGUAAAUAGAAAAUCAGUGUUCAGAAUCAAUACAAAAUCAAUAUAAAUAGUGCGGGGCAAUAGACAGAAAUUGAUUGUCAACAUUAUUCGCUGUCGCGGAGAGUGAUAAAAACCCGUGUAGCAACAAAAACCAGCGGAGCAUUGAAAGCCAAACAAAGACGAAUCUCCCAGCGAGAAUGGGUGGCAAGCAUCAGGGAUCUGCAGCCGGAGGAGUCUCCUCCGGAGGCGGCGGCAGCAACAACUCAAGCCUGUGCAACUCGGUGAUGACGAGUGCCACCACGGCCAGCAGUAGCCUCACCCAGCAGCAGCAGCAGCUGCAGGCCAAGUACAUCAAGUCGAAGCGCCAUCAGAGCCGCUACACCAGUCUCCAGCACUCCGGCCACGAUUCCGGCAGCUAUCUGCACCUCAACUCGCUCUGGUCCAUCUGGUAUGGGGUGCUACUCACCCUGUUCCAGGGAUACUUGGCCAUGCAUGGAGCCUACAGGUUCCUGGGCUGUUCACUGAUUCCCUGGAAAAUUGAACCCGUGGCCGAGCUGAAUCUGCAAAUUGUGCUCUCUGGAGUGGUCUUCAUCCUUUUGCCGGUCUUUUUCACUUCGGCUGUGUUUAAGGUUGGCAACUUGGCAAACGACGGCAUUAAAUUGGCCACCGGCGCCAGGGAACGGCGCUGCACGCUUUCGCCGCACGAUGGCCUGGAGGAGGAGUCGCGUGGCGGAACUCUCCGAGCACUCUGGACCCACGGAGGACCCACGGCGGCCUUCGUCCACAUCCUGAUUGGCCUCUGCCUGCUCCUGCCGCGCCUGCUGCUCGAGGCUCGAAUCAUUGAGAAUGGAUUGCUGCCAAAAGAGCAAAUUUGGGCCACUGAAUUGGACUUUGUUGUGAUCAAUCGACGCAAUUUGAUAGCCCUGUCGGUGGUGGGGCCCACACCUUACCCCAGGCACCGCCAGCAGCAGCAGCAUCAGCAGCACCAUAGCCAGCCCAGACUGAAUCUAACCGCAAACAGCUUGGAACAGGACGAGGAGGACUACUUCAACGAUACCAUGUUCACGGCCAUCCGUGGAGUGCCAGCCGGGGGCAAUAACAAUUUGUUCGACCUGCGACUCGAUAAGGCAAGUGGCAGAAAGGCGGCCAAGACGACGGCAACAACGAAGACAACAACCAAUGCGGGCAAGGGCCGAUACUUUGAAGUACCCGAUUUAAUUAAUCAAGAUAUUGACGAAGAGGAGCGCCAGGAGCUCGAGGAGGCGAUGCGGGGUGAGGAUGACGUCCAUGGAGAUGGGGAUGGGGAGGACUUCGGUGAGGAGGGAACCGUCAUCAUGCCCGAUUUCGAUGAGUUGCCGCCAAGAACCGCAGUUGGCACGACAACCACAACCACCACUGACGCCGGCAAGCUGAAUGUCAAGAAUUGGGAAAUGCUGGGGACCCUGGGCAAAGAGACCACAACAACCAGCUCUAGUACAACACCAUCUACCAGCACCGCUAAAACAACAACGACCACAACAACGGCUGCAACGACAACUAGUAGCAGCAGCACCACCACCACCACCACCACGACCGUCAAACCUGUUGAGAUUCAGACUACCAGCAGGCAACCACAUCACCACCAUGGAAAAGCCCGUAAGCACCACAAGCAUCACAACAAACAGCGGCAACAGCAACAACCGCGACGCCAUCACGUCGCCUCGCACGAGCAGGCAAUCCUCGAGAGCUUCCAGGAGGAGGAGACCACCACCCGCGACAGCAGCAUCCAUCGAGUGAGGCCCGAGGUACUGCCGGAAGUGCCCAUACCCUCGACGCCCGUUUCCGCCUCCAACUCGAAGAUCAUUGCUAUCAAACCGAAGAAUCAGAAGCGCAGGAUUGCCAAACGGGCGGCCGGAGUCGAAAUCGAACCGGAAUAUUUGCUCGGCGAUGCCAAUAUAAAUUCCAGUGAAUUUGUGGCCAAAUCAAAUGAGCAGGAGCCGGAGGAAAGCGAGGAUUUCGAGCUGGAGGAUAGUGACUUUCAGGCAGUGCCCGCAUUGAACCCAGCAUCACCGGCGGCACCAACCAACCCAAAGCCUGGGCAGGACUACGUCCGUCUGGAUGGCUUCGCCGGAAUGCUGCAGCUCUUCUUCGGCAUCGAUAAACCCAUUGAUGUGGCGAUUUUCUCCCAACCACCCAGUGCCGAGUUUGUGAACUUACUGUGCGCCCUAUUGGUUUGGUCCGUUCGAUAUCCGGCAGUUUUCUGGAACACCUCCAAGGCCUUUGCCUGCGUGUUUAGCCUUCAAAUGGUAGUGGCUGCCUUGGACAUUAUCCUCGGCUAUGUGGGCGUCUCGAAUCUGUACAAGCUUCAGAUCUACGCCGAGGCCAUGCCAGUUCAUCAGCCCGGACUCAUUCUGAACGCCGUGGUCACCUUAUCCCUGUAUCUUUUGUCCAUUGCUUUGGUGGUGGCCUCCUCGAUGGUCAUGUAUUUGUACGGACACGGACGUCUGGCCACGCGGAUGCGGGAUCGUUCGAUUAUCACGCUGAAGAGUCACCAGACCUGGAUCUACUUCGCCCACUGCGCCUCCUUGUGCUUCGUCCUUGCCUUAGCGGUGGUGAAAGCGCCGCUCCUGAACGAUCUUAGUGCCACGUACAAGAACAACCUUCAUUGCCCCACAUUCCUGGCCGCUCUCGUUGGAGUGACACACCUGCUGCUCUGGAUCGUCAUCUGGCUAUGCCUGACCAUCAAGCGGCGUUGGCACUUUAAGCUGCCGCCGCUGGACAGCACUUACGGAGGAUUGCUGGGCAAGUCUAGUGCCCAGCCGCUUCUGAUGUCCAGCGGCCAGCGGACGGGCAGCAACUCCAGCAGCAGUGGCUGCAACUCGACCAGCACCACCGUGAAUGGAGGCGAUUCCAAGCCGGACAUGAUGAGCACGGCCACCAGCACCGAACUGGGGAUGAGCGGGGGUAUCAAUGGGGGCAUGGGCGGGACGGGCAUGGGACUAGUCGCCCAGGAGGACAUCUACUGGCCCAAGCUGACGCCCAGUUCGCCCAAGCUGAAGGUCACCUUCAACGAAGUUACGAGUACGUCUGAUGAUGUCCUACUAAUUGGUGACCAAGAACAAACUGAUGGCAAGCGCCAUUCGAGCCGUGGAGCCUCGAUAUGUUUUGCCAGUGCUGCGGGGGAAAUUGACGACGGCGAGUACGCGACACUAAGGGCAGCCACCGCCGGAGCCGUCGUGGGCAUCACCAUGGGCAGCAUGAAGAGAGGCGUCAGCAACACUUCGGUGGGGGUCAGUCUGCUCCAUCUCUCGGAGUACGAUGAACUUCCUCCACCGCCGCCGGCUAACCAUCAUCACCAGCAGCAGCAACAGAAGCAACAGCAGCGGCCAGCCCAAUCCUUUGCCCAUGGACAUCCCCACGACUAUGCGAACCUCAGCGGAUUGGGUGGCAUCAGCGACGACAACAUCUCCGAGGAGGGCAAACUGCUGGCCUGUGUGCGCGACGACAGCAUCACAUACGCCUCCACCAGGGAUCUGGAGCCGCCACAGCCGUCGGCCCAGGGCCAGGCGCAGGCCCAGACACACAGCCAACCACCACCACCUCCGCCGCUGCCCAUGAAGGGAGCUCCCGUGCCACAGCCGCCAGCGGUACUGCCCCAUCCCGGCAUCUACGGACGGGCCCCUCAAGCCAUGCCCGAGAUGAUGCAGUUGUCGCCCGAGCACCACCACAAUCCACUUCAGCAUGCGCUUCAGCAUCCACAGCAGCAUCCUCUCCAACCGAAGCAGCAGCAACAGCUGCCGCCACCACCACCGCAGCAUCCACUCCAGCAGCAGGGCAAUCCGCACCAGCAUCAGCAUCUAGUCAGCCCCUUGGCUCCGGUCACGGUCGCAGUUCACACCAACGAAGCGCAUAUCGCCUCCAGUUCCACACCCCGCUGCCUGCGCCGCGCCGACUCGGGCGUUCCCAACGAGGCGUUGACGCCCCGCAGCGACACCACCUCCACCACCGAGAGCACCAACACCACCUCGCCGCCGGAACGUGCCCCCUCCGAGUCCUCCAGCGGAGUUCAUUCGGGCGAGGAACGUGAACUGGAGGUGAUUAUCCGACCGCGGGCCAACAGCAAGCCGCCCCCACGCCCCCAGCAGCCGCCCAUCCAGGAAGAGCCAUACGGCCGCUGCACCAACAUGCGCAUGUCCAGCUUCAACGCGGAUCCAUCUACCGUCUCGUCGUCAUCGUCGUCGUCGGUUAUCAACAGUGCCACUUUGCCGCUGCAGCGUUCGGUGCCGGAUCAGAAAUUCGACUACACGGCCCACUGCAGCACGAUGCCACUGCCGGUGGGCUGCCACAGCCAGCAGCUCGCUGGGAGCGGUGGCUACGCCUCCACCUCGGCGAUGACCAGUUCCAUGGGCGGCGGAAUGCCACCACUGCCGCCCUCGCAAGUGUCCAGCUUUAUGACCCCCAGCAGCAUGCACUACGCCAAUGCAUCUGUGGCCCUGGGCAACAGUAGCGGUCAGCAGCCGCACACCACGCUGCCAAAUGGAGUGCGCUACUCGAACCCGCACUUCCUGCGCCGCCUGCCGCACGUGACCAAGGCGGCGGAGUCGCCCUACGGACACCUGGGCUACGGAGCUGGCCAUCACGCCUUCGCCAAGCUGCCGCACGAUACGCAUCCCACCAUUCCCGAGGAUCGUGACUCGGCCAACUACUCCAUGGCCUCCGACCAGGACUGCGGAUUGUAUGUGACGGCUCAGCUGCACUAGGAUGACGAGGGCUUUCGCUUCAGGUUUACCUACUAUACUAUGAACUUAGACUUUUUGCAAGAUGCAUUGUAAUCCUGGCCUCUAAAACCCCAUGAACUGUUCUUCUCUAAGUUACUGUCUGAUUGCACUACGGCAUAAAUAGAUGGAUAUAUUAAGAGUACCCAAACAAAUUCAUAUAUUAAAAAAGGAAAAAAUUAAGAGCAGAUAGGCUGCUUCCAGAAUUAUUGGAAUUUAUGGAGACUUGUGUUGUAGUGCAAUCGUAGAGUAGACCCCUAGCAUUACAAUCUUGCAAUGUCUUAAACCCUUGUACCCAUAUCGCUCUAAGUUAGCCUCUCGGUUUUUGUACAGCUCCGGGCCCCAAGAGAAGCCAUACCAAAUCCACUCAUCUUCCAAGGGAUUAGAUGUUUACCGAAUCCUACAUAACUUAAAUUAUUCAUUAUUUGCUUUGCCUUGACGAUGAUCCACUCAAGUAUUUAGCGCAAACUGCCACUCAGAUGACCCACGCAAAUGAAAAAAUUGAACCUUAAACUAUAUCUACAUCUAAACUACAACUACACCUACGGCUAAUUCUAAAUAUAUAUAUUUAUAUUUAUACAUGCUAUGCUCGUAUACAAUGUGUAAGAUAAUAAGCUAAUCGUGUUUAAGUAAUCAAUGUAAACUAAAGUUUAUCAUAUCAUAUAUGAAUGAAUACCGAUAGCUAACUGUAAGACCUUUUGAAAUAUUAAUCUGAAAGGAAAAAAAUAUCAUAGCUCGAACAUGUGCAAGCACUCAAAGUACUUUUCCCUAAGCAAUUUCUAUUAUCGCAAGGAAAAAAAGGAACAAAAGGCAUACGAAUUUAAGCUGCAAUUCUAUGGUUUUUAUUGUAGGGAUAAACUGUAAAGUGGUAAAUCGUAAUUUUAUGGCACUAACUAGCCACAACGUUAUGCUUCAGCUAGUCGGCAUAGAUGAUAGACACCCAGCAUGGCUUUGGCAUAUGUAUUUUCUAUGGUCUCUCAACGGUUACAGUUUAAGAUUAAUGUAAAAUGUAAUGUAACAAAGCGACAAUAUAAAUAUUAUCUAAUGUAUGAUACAAAUGAAUACUAUCCCGGCCCCAUACAUAUCUGACACGCACAAGACUUACUACCUAAACCUACUGCACGCUGGAAUGUCUUUACACCAUUUAUCCCGCUUAUUAAGUUUUGUUUUUCUUGCCGCCGACUAAGUAGAUAAAUGUACGUUUUUUUUUUUAAUCGGAACACGAGUUUGCUCUUCAUGGUCCAAAAUUCCCAUUUGGGCCUUGUUAAAUCACCAGUCGACAGAAGAACUUCUCUACCGGUGAAUAUAGUAGUUUGGGACAAUCUAUGAAGAGCAAUAAAUAGACCGCUUGUAUUUAUUUUUUAAAGACUGAUUAGUAAUAUAAUACAUUUCGAAAUGCACAUCCAUCACAGUCCUUGAAUAAAAUAUUAGAAGCCAGCUUGAGAAAUCCAUAGCAUUGAUACGAUAGUGGAUAGGCCAUAAAUAUAGUUUAGUAUGUCGUCGUUAACUUGGUUCCUUUGUGAAACGCACUAAACUAAACGAGAUAUCAACAUUUAAGAAAAAAACUUUUGUAAGAUAAUUUAAAAUUAAUUAAAAAAUUAUUCAAACAAAAUAUCUAAAAGAAAUACAAAGUAUGUCCCAAAAGUGAACUACAAAAACUUGAUUUAUUAACCUGGGUAUAAUUUAUAUUGCGCUAGCGAGCAAAACCUGUAAAUGAAUGCAAGGUUAAACCCAGUAUCCGAUAUAGCGCAUGCAUCUUAAACAUUUAUAUUUAAUAACAUAAAUCAAUAAAUGUUUAAAUUAUUUAUAUAUACGAUAUACGGAUUAAAUGGUUUAUCAAUGGUAAAUAAAGAAAUACCACCGCUUUAUGUAAACCCCCAA